CUGUAGCUUUCUAUUGUGCUGCUUUUGCCUCAUUGUUGCUGGUGGGCUCACCCAUCCCUUUCACAUACACCACUCUUCUUCUGGGCCCCUUUCCCAGAUCCUUUCCCGGCUUUAGUUGGCUCACUGCCUAGUGCUUCUUUGCUGCAGCUGCGGGACUGCUUAUAACUGAGCCUCUCCAUUCAGUCACUCUUAAUUCUGUGCCCCUGAGCAAAGCCAGCAAGCAGGCAGCUUUCUCUUGGGCUUCUGCUGCAGCAGUGCUAUACAACAACUGCCCCACCUGCUACUUGAGUGCUCUGGGUUCCCGCCCCUAGAUCCAUCAUCUUUGGAGAUCUGGUAAGAUGGGCACAAAACCCGUUCUUGUAGUCCAUGGUGGAGCUUGGGCAAUACCAGAUGAGUUUGCUGAAAGAAGCAUCCUGGGAGUUAAAAAUGCAGUUAAGAAUGGCUUUGCAGUGCUGGAAAUGGGAGGAAGUUCAAUGAAGGCUGUUGAAAUUGCUGUGCGGGCCUUAGAAGACGAUGCUGUGUUUGAUGCAGGUCAUGGUGCUGUACUGAAUGCUGAUGGUUAUGUGGAACUUGAUGCAAUCAUCAUGAAUGGUAAAACUCUCGCUGCUGGCGCAGUCUCCUGCAUCAGGAACAUUUCUAAUCCGGUGACAUUUGCUUGUUCAGUCUUGGAAAAGACACCUUAUGUGAUGCUCACUGGAACAGGUGCUAACCAGUUUGCUGAGAAGCUAGGCAUACCUCAAGUGCCUGUAGAAGAGUUAGUAACAGACCAUGCCAAAGCUGAAUGGGAGCAAUACCGCAAAUACAAGCAGACUGUCAAAUCACUUUUUAACACAGAAUUGGUUCAUGACACAGUGGGUGCAGUUGCUAUAGACUGUGAAGGUAACAUUGCUUGUGCAACUUCAACUGGAGGCAUCACAAAUAAAAUGGUUGGACGUGUUGGUGACACCCCAGUCAUAGGUUCAGGUGGCUAUGCUGACAACCUUGUUGGUGCUGUCUCUGCAACUGGUCAUGGAGAGUCCAUCAUGAAAGUCACCCUUGCAAGGCUUAUCCUCUUUCAUAUGGAACAAGGAGAUCCAGGUUCAAAUUCCUGCCCUGGAGCAGGGACUCGUGCCUGGGUGUCUUGCUUCCCAGGUAAAACCCCAGAGGAAGCUGCAGAUUCUGCUCUUCACUAUAUGGAGAGGAGAGUCCAUGGACGGGGAGGAGUUAUAGUUGUCAGCAAAACUGGCGAAUGGACAGCACGAUUCACCACCAAGCGGAUGGCAUGGGCAGGCAUAAAGGAAGGCGUGUUAAUGUAUGGCGUAAAUCCAGGAGAAACAAUUCAAGAAAUAAUUAAACCCUCCAAAUAAACUUUUUUGGGGAGGGGAUUUUUACAGUGGAUGUUAUUAUUAGUUUGUGCUACAUGAUUCUUAAUGAAGGGUGUAUGUAUCUGGCAUCUUUGGAUUAACUUACUUCAUAUUCAAGAAGAUUCAUAAAACAUGACUUUAUUACCUUUAAUAAAGAUAGUUUUCCAAAGG